UUCGACUCCCGGUUGAGGCUAACACAUAAAUAGGUUAUCUAGCAAUUACGAUGGUCGUUGUUAGUUUAAGUGCGCCUAGGGAAGAAGAAAUAACUUAAAAAAAUAUUACAGUCAAUUAACGUUAUUUUUAGUGUUGAACUUACAUAUUUGUGGAAUUUUAAUAACAAAAUAAUAAGUUGUCAGUUUCACUUUCUUUACUUAAUAGCUAAAAACAUUAAAGUUCAAAAUGGGUUGCGGCUCCUCAAGCACAGCCGUCCCGGUCACCGAGGAGACGUCUAACGGUGCUGCUAAGACUGCUUCUAAUGGCGCUGGAGUGAAGAACCACCACCAUGAUGAUCCUGACGAUCUGCCCACUGUGGUGCUGCCUGAGACGCCGGUUAUACCGAAGCCACCCGUGGCCUUCGAGAUACCGCUAGAAGAGUUUGACGCAGCCAAGAGGCCGUCCACCCCUCCCCCUCACUUGCAGAGGCUGCUGCAGCCAGUACAGCCGGAGAUCAGCCUGCCUGACAUCGAGGAGAAGUUGGCUGAAGCUGAGCAGAGGAGGCUAUCUAUACUGCAAGCGCGAGCAGCCUCUGCGCAGAAGAGGACGCAGAAGAUUAUGAAGAACGUACAAGAAAUGGACAUACUUGACUCCGAGCAUGAACAUACGGAGCCUACAAAACACGUGACGAAUAGUCUGACGAUCCCUCCAGAGCCAGGGGUGUGUGAGGACAAAAAUAUUUGAUAAGUCACUGUCGAUAAAUACAUAAGUUAAAGUAAGCUGUGGAUUAAUCAAUAUUAAACCAUUUACUUUAGGUCGAAUAAUGAAAACUUAUACAUAUUUAAAGUUCAAUUACUUAGUUGACUGUCUGUCUAUUUUGAUUUCAUUAGCAAAAUGAUGACGAAGGAAGUCGAUUACAAACCAGAAAACGUUCUGUAUUUUUUUUAGAAAUAAUUAAUUAAUAAACAUCUCAUUCUAACGCAUAAAAAUAAGUUUUAACAACGAAAAAUAAAAAGUGUAAAUAGUUUAAACAUUGUGCAACUUUCUGAUUUAAUUUGCUUCGAAUCACAUUUCAUAGUAAUUCGAAAUAUUAUUAAGUUACUUGUAAUUUAGCUCUUAAAUAGCUUAAGUAACUGUUUAAUCGAAUCAUAAAAGUCGUCACUAAAAAAGAAAAUUUAAUAAAGCCUACAAAUCAAAUCGCUUUCAAAUACCUUAAGAAUAGGUAAUAUUGAAUAGUAAUAAAGAAUAUUCAUAGACAUUUUAGCUAUAACUAGACAUAACGAUAUCAUAUUUUAUACGAGCAAUUUCAUCCAAAUUGGCUUUAAAAAGUGCAUAAAAAUUCUUUGGCAAUAUAAUUUUAAAAGCAGAGCGCUUCUUAUUGGGGUUACUGACCAUUUGAAGAUAGAUUUUACUGAAUUCAAUCUGUUUUCAAUUCUAUUUAGUUUUGAACUGACUUCUGCCAACGGUUUCACUCGUGUACUAUGGAAACUUCACGAACCCGAAUCAAAAAUAGUAGAUAUUCGUUGACAAAUGAGUUAUCUAAAAGACAGAGGCUUCAAAUAAGUAUAGGUAUCGCUGUAAAGAUCAUGCUUCUUUUAAAAUAAAUCAAUUCAUGUAACAAAUAAAUAAUUGUAUAGGUUUCAGUGGUUUGUGCAAUGUCUCAUAACUUUUAUGUGAUACUUUGUGAUUUUCAAUAAAAACUUUUUAAUUA